AGACACAUGUGGAGCUGCAGACAUGUUCUGGUGUCCUGCUGCUGCUCCUUUCUGGAAACUGCUUCCCAGUGCCUGAUGUUGCAAGAAGGUUUCUGGUAAUAGGGAAAUAAUGUCAUCUGCCACCCUGCUAUUCUGGGUACCCUGUGUCUGCUUGUCUGGGACAGGGUGACCCUGCUUGGAGUCCUGCUGUGCCCGUGGUGCUGCCUGUCCUGUCUGAGAGCAUUCUCAGGAUGGUGCUGCCCAGGUGGGUCCCUGCCUACAGCUGGCAGGAGCGGGGGGUGUCUGAGUAGAGAGGCCACGCUGUGCUGUCUGCGGCUUGACCUUACUGCGUCAUGGGGUCAGGAAGGGAGGUUGCUGAACUGCAGUUCCUCGAUUCUGAGAAGUGGUGGCAGAAGAGCUUGCGUCACUUCAUUAGAAGCAUGAGCUAGUGUUUCCAUCACCUCGUAUUCCCGGAGUUUCCCCCCACCCAGAGGAUGCGGGGGAGGCCUGGCGCUCCUGCCUGCCCUGCUCUGCUCCCCUCCGCUCUGCAAGAGGCUGAAAAGCUUUUCGCCUCGACAGCGGCAGUGCCGGAGCAGGGCAUUGCCCAUGAUGCCGGCGAGGGGCUGGCUUACCUCUCUGAGCUGCUGCUUUGAAUGGGCGCUCACGACAGGCCAAGCCCGGGAUUGCAUCAGGCGCGGCCUGCUGACAGCAGCUCCCAGCCUGAGCGCUGGAGAGGAUGAUGCUGGCCCCUGCCUCUGCCCUGGCUGCCCAACAGCUCUCCCAGCGCUGGCGUUUCCCAUCACUUAGGGCUGCCUGUUGCUCCCAGAACGGAGGGGCUGUAGCGGAGCACACGGAGCUCGGGGGAGAGUCACCGCACCAGGCUGCGCUCCGCUGGCAGUGCUCACGGCACAUCUGGACCCGGGGAACCCUCAGCUGCUCCCUCCGUGGCGUGUCCCGAAGGAGCAGGGUGCCUUGCCCUGGUCCCGCCGGCCGAGCCGUGCCUCGCCCCGUGCCACUUGCCCUGGAAUUUAUAUUUUCAAAAACGAGCGCGGGAACGAGGGCGGGUGGGGUAGGAGGAACUCGGCUCUGCCUGCUCCCGCCUCCUCCCCUUUGGGUGAAAGCUGCUGAGGCGCCUGUUCCCGCCUCAUUUCUGCCUAUCCAUCACGGGCGGAACUCGCCCCCAUCUCAUGCUCUCGGCCGCGGCGCGGAACGGAACCGAGCUCACCUGAAGGGGAUCGCACGGGGGCGAGCCGAGCCGAGCCGAACCGCGCCGCAGGGCUUUUGACCAGCUGAGCUUCACUGAGGAGAAGACAAGAUGUUGGGGGAAAAAAUGGCCGGUUUUGGGAGGAAGUUGAUCCGCCGGCGCGUGGUGGACCUGAGCUCUGAUGACACACAUUUUGCUCGCUGCCUCUCCACACUGGAUCUCAUAUCCCUGGGUGUGGGCAGCACACUAGGGGCUGGUGUGUAUGUGAUGGCCGGAGAGGUAGCCAAGGAGAUGGCUGGUCCCUCCAUUGUCCUCUGCUUCCUGGUGGCUGCUUUCUCAUCGGUACUGGCUGGACUCUGCUAUGCAGAGUUUGGGGCCCGUGUCCCCAAGGCCGGCUCUGCGUACCUCUACAGCUACGUCACCGUUGGUGAGAUCUGGGCUUUUAUAGCCGGCUGGAACCUCAUUCUCUCCUAUGUGAUAGGUACGGCCAGUGUGGCUCGAGCCUGGAGUGCAACAUUUGACAACAUCAUCGGCAACCACAUCUCCACCUUCUUCUCCAGCAAGAUCCCAAUGCACCUGCCAGGAGUGCUGGCUGAGCAUCCAGACUUCUUUGCUUUGAUCCUGAUUUUGCUGCUCACGGUACUGCUGGCUUUUGGUGUCAGCGAAUCUGCCCUCGUGAACAAAAUCUUCACAGCGGUGAACCUGUUGGUGCUGAGCUUUGUCAUCAUUGCUGGAUUCAUCAAGGGAGAUAUCAAGAACUGGCAGCUUUCAGAGAAGGACUGUAUCAACUGCUCGCUGCCAGACUCACCGGAUGACAUGAAAAACGCUUUUGGCUCUGGUGGGUUCUUCCCGUUUGGACUGGGAGGGAUGCUGACUGGCGCUGCCACCUGUUUCUAUGCCUUUGUGGGCUUUGACUGCAUUGCCACCACAGGAGAGGAAGCCAGGAACCCGCAGCGCUCGAUUCCCAUUGGCAUCAUUGUGUCCCUCCUCAUCUGCUUUGUGGCUUAUUUUGGGGUCUCUGCAUCCCUGACUCUCAUGGUGCCCUACUUCCUCCUGAACAAGAACAGCCCUCUGCCUGAGGCUUUCAAGGCGGUUGGUUGGGAGCCCGCCCGCUACGCCGUUGCCGUUGGCUCGCUCUGUGCCCUCUCCACCAGCUUGCUGGGCUCCAUGUUUCCCAUGCCCCGAGUGAUCCAUGCCAUGGCAGAGGACGGGCUGCUCUUCAAGUUCCUCUCCCGGAUCCACAGUGGCAGAAAGACCCCUCUGAUCGCCACCUUUGUCUCAGGGUUUUUCGCAGCGGUGUUUGCCCUCCUGCUGGACCUGAAGGACCUGGUGGACCUCAUGUCGAUUGGCACGCUGCUGGCCUACUCCCUGGUGGCUGUGUGUGUGCUCAUCCUCCGGUACCAGCCCCGACAGCCGAACUCCCCGAAGGCCACGGAAAUGCUGGAGCUGAAUGGGAACGAGGAGGAGACGGUGAUUAUGAACCCGACCAUCACUGCUGCCAAUGCCCAGCACAAAGAGACCUUGUCCCUGGUGAUGCUCUUCAACCCGCCUGGGGACACCCCCACUGUGCUCUCGGGGCGCAUUGUCUAUGUCUGUGUCACGGUCAUUGCUGCACUGAUCACAGUCAUCUGCGUGGUCCUGAGACUCCAUAUGGCUGCGCUGAAGGAGGCCAAUGUGGGCUGUGUUGUGGCUCUGGUGCUGCUCCUCAUGGCUCUGCUCAUUUUCACCAUCAUCAUUUGGAGGCAGCCACAGAGCAAUGCACGAUUAAACUUCAAAGUACCUUGCCUCCCACUCGUGCCAAUCUUCAGCACCUUCAUUAACAUCCUGCUGAUGGUGCAGCUGAGUGCCGCCACCUGGGCGCGGUUUGCCGUCUGCACGGUUCUGGGUUUCAUUAUUUACUUCACCUACGGGAUUUGGAACAGUGUGGAAGGGAAAAAUGCGGAAAAAGCCUGUGCCACCGUAGGAAAACCUCUGCACCAUCCUGGACUGGACCUCAGCCCUGGGGCUGCUGCGGUCUGAGGGCCUGGGGACCAGCACUCCAUGGACCGCUUUGCCACUUUGGGACAAGGUCAUGAUCCAUCUAUCUCCUCUCCUGCAGAGACUGAGUCCCAGGGUGAAGUACUAACAUCUGAACAACAGGCCCUGAGCCAAAGCUGACCUAGGAUGAACACUCCAACCAAAUGUUGUAUGUUUCCACUUUAACAAAGUAUUGUUAUAUGUACUCACUUAUUGGCAAAACAUGUUCACCUUUCUGUAUCUAGAAACAGGACAGGGCCACAUCUGGCCUAAUUAGGUGGUAUAGGAUCAAAAGCAACUCCCUUGGAUCCUCCUUGAGCCCUGGCCAGGCUUUGGGAGAAGCUGACAGGAAAAUGAAAUUAGAAAUUAUGUCAGUUGGUUUGUUUAGCAGUGUAAAACCCAGGCCACUGUCCCAGCAAAGUGGGGGAGCCUCGUGGGCUGCAAAGGAGGAGGCACUGCAGGAGUUCCCAGCUCCUGGCGUGGUUCUCCAGUCCUUGGCUGUGGCAGCUUCCCCCAGAGCUGCUGUCUCUUGGGCUUGGAUGAUGUGUGAUGGAUCAUCCUUCAUCACUGUAGGCAUUCUUUCCUAGCAAUGAUUAGCAUUGCUCAGCUUGUCCCUUUGCAAUUCUUUGCUCAUGGUUAGGUGCCUUGCUUAGCUUAUCCUUUUGUGAUUCUUUGCAGUUUUACAUCAAGGUAAUGCCACUGUUCCUUAAGUUGGUGUCUGUGUCUCUGACUCUACUCACCAGCAAAACAAAAUCAGCGUAGUCAGCAGGGUCAGAACAAACUGUUGCUUUUAAAAUCUAAAUGAAAGGAAUCAGCCCUGUCUGAAAUUCCCAGAUGGGAAGUUCACUGGUCCUCAAGUGGGCUAAGGUUAGAGGACCACGUGAAGAAUGGGGAAUCAGUUAAAAGAAGUUGAACUGCUGGAUGUAUUUAAAUGCAUUAAAAAAUUGCAUACUGAAAAAGGAAAAGAACUUGUGGAUUAGAAAGGCAAAGAAGAAUUUUGUUAACAGUAUAUCAAACAAAACACCAACAAAAGGAACAGUUGUUGAAAUGCUCUAACAUGGACCAACAGAUGUGAGUUGUAGAAUCAAAUUGUAAUGCUAAAAUGCCCAAAUAAGCUGCUUGCUGAUAAGAUGGAUUUACCAGACUUGCUGAGAAAGCUGCAGUUAGAGUAGCUCAGUAUAAGGAAAGGAAAGGGCAAGUGAAUGACAAGAAAAUGCAUGCAGUUAUUGCAGAGGCAGGUGUGCAGUGGGAUCCUGAUAAAUGGAAUGGAGAUAUUUGGGAUUCUGUGCACUCUGAUGAGGUUGGUUACUGAGAUGAAUUUUGUAGAUGUGAGACCAGCAUGGAGACGAAAGGUAGAAUUAGAUGCUAAUGGUCAGGAGGGAUACUCAUAGAGGAUUAUACUCAGCAUGAAAUAAAUUAAAUAUUUGAACAGUUUAGGAAAAAACAGGGGAACCUCUUUUCUCUUGGGUGGUGUGCUUGCAUGACCAGGGAGCAUGAGGGAUAACCCUAGACUCAGGGGACUCUAAGAAGUUUUUAGUUUGAAUUUGGAUUCUUUUGUGUAGUAUGCAUUUUGGAAUAACAUUCACAAUACUAAUUUGUUAGUUUUGGUUACUUUGGCUGUAAUACUAAAUACCCUACAGAAAAUUAUUGGCCAGGAUCUGAAAGUCAGUGGUACACUUAGUGAGAUUGUGUACGAGAUGUAUGAAAACCUCUUGUGAUUUUGUAUUUCUAGAGAAUAUUACUGAAGAUACAAGUAGUCACUCCAAUAUUUGUACCUGUAACUUUAUUGCAAUUACAGGAUUUUUGUUAUUUAUUUUUUGUUUCUAUUUUUUAAAUGAAUAUUUUUAGUUUUUUACCUCCUGUUAUAUCCUGUCAAUUUUUGGAAUCUAACUAUACCCUGAUUCAAGACUUCCAGCCUACUCCCAUUGGUAUGAACUGGUAAAGGUACUGCUCCAACACAGACCUGAGGCUUGCUGAAACAAGCCCAGGAGAAUGGAUAAAAGGUUUUGAUUGCUGUCCAUCAUGGCAUGGCAGAAAUCCAUCAUGUGGUGUAGGCACCCAGUUUGGGGUGGCUGGGAUGGGCUGGCCCAGCCCCAUACCCAGUGAACAGCUGUGAGCAGCACUGACAGCAACGAGCCAGGGAGUGCCCAGGGGUGCUGAGCACCCACCAAAGGGAGCAGAGGGCACACAGGGGCAGGGCAUCAGCAUCAGGGGUGUGAAAGGCUGGGCUAAAGAACAAGAAGGGAGAUGCUUGCAGCCUUCUGAGGUGAUAUAGUACUCUGUGUGGGCAGGUAUGUGGAGCCUUCUGAAGGGGUCUGGUGUCACUGUAUGGGUUGAAGCUCUCUGGUAUUGUAUGGUGACACUGUGUAUUGUGGCCAUCUCAACCUGUGCUGUGACAAUGUGGUGGAGUGGGUGAAGAAAGAUGGAGAACACGGGUGGUGGGACAUUCUUUUUGGAUGGGUGCCUACAGCUACCAGAAUUCUCAACUGAGUGCUUCACCCUGGUGUUGUUUUAUUGAUGCUAAUCCUUUUGCUUUCUGUUCUGGUAAUUGCAUAUUAUGUCAAGGUUUGGAUGAUCAUGAAACAAUUAGCUUACCAACUACCUCCACUGAUAGUAGACAAUCCAUGUGGUACCAAAGCAUGAAAUUUCUCAAGCUCUAUUUGGAUAUUGUGAAGCUUGAGUGACUAUAGUCACAGAGAGUGUAUUGUGUAGGAAAAUGACUGGGAACUGUGUGGACAGGUAACUGGGGGUACAAUUAGAGGAAACUGAGGACUUAGAACAGUGUGGAAAUUAUAGGAUAUAUAUAUUCCUUAAUUUGGUGUGUGUGUCUCUGACCCUACCUACUAGCAAAGCACAGAGCUGGGACUGCAGAGCUGGGUCAUGUGCUGCCUCUCCCCCUCACAGGGAAGUCCCCUGGCUGGGUGGGAGUGCUGGUGGCCCAGGGCUGGUCUCUGCCCUCCUCCAGUCCCACAGAGGGGCAGUGGCACCAGCACAGCCCUCUGGUCAUGAAAGCUGCUUUCUCUGUGCACAGGAGGCCCCACGGAAUGGUGCAGCUGUACUCAUUCCAUCUGUCAUGUGGCUGUGUUCACCACCUCCUCCCUGCUUCCCAAGUGCCAGACUUGUACGUGGCAGCCGUGGCUGGAGCUCUGCAGAAGGCUUACUGCAACUUGUUCUGGUACUCACUGCUAGCAAACUGGUACUGCCCUGACCAUGCUGUUUGAUGUAAAUAUCUUGUUCAAGUGUCAGUGAGAUGUCCUCAGUGUAGUUGUACUUGUGUCCAACCUCAUCUGCCUUUGUAUAAUUUUAAAGCAAAUUUUUAACUAUUAAAUUAAAUGUUUUUAAGUGCUUUUUCCUGUUGGUUUUGCUGUUAAUG